AUGUUGGGGAAUCGAUUUGACGUUCCUCACAGCGAUGAGGGAGCACCCAAGAGUCAAGAUGCGCUCUGUAUUCUUUCAACUCGCAAUUUUUUGUUAAACAGACUAAUGCUGGCCUGUUUGGCAUCAAUUAAGGGGACAGGGGAAUUCGAUUGUUGGGCUGGAUGUGGCUGGGCUGCUGUCUGGGUGUGUGCGUGGACGGAGGCUGUUGUGAUAGAAUUGUGCAUUUGCGAACCAGGCAUGAUCCCAGGUGGAUGGUAUGCAUCGCAAUGGUGCUUUAGUGGGUGCUUUGUUGUCCGCAGUCUGGUGUGUAUUUGGUACCAGCAGAAUACGCCCCCUGGGGAAGCCCCUGACUCAGGGGUUCCCAGCAGCCUUUCGCCCUGGAGCUGUAGCUAG